AGGGAAUGGCCAGCAAUCUGGUCUGGGAAUAGAAAUGCGCAACACCGUGAUCAUCGUCAGCCUCUCGCUGGCACUGGGCCUCGUCUCCGCCACCGACUACUGCAAGAAGACCUGCGGCGGCACCAAGAACCUGGGAUGCGACAAUAACGGGGCCUGGGCCUCUAGCUGCCCCACCGACGCCGCCCUGGUGUCCCUGACCACGGCGCAGAAGGCCGCCCUGGUGGACAGGACGAACGAGUACCGCAACAUCAUCGCCGGCGGACUGAACGCCAACCUGAGUGCCGCCUGCCGGAUGGCCACCAUCAAGUGGAACGACGAGCUGGCCUAUCUGGCCAGCCUGAACGUGAAGAGCUGUGCGAUGCGCCACGACGCAUGCCACAACACGGACGCCUUCGACUGGUCCGGCCAGAACCUGGCCUGGAUGAGCUACUACGAUCCCCUGAACGUUACCCACUACGUGCAGUGGGGCGUCGAUAUGUGGUACGGCGAGGCGGUCUACACCAAGCAGGCCUACAUCGAUGCCUAUCCCUCGAACUACAAUGGCCCGGCCAUUGGCCAUUUCACCGUGCUGGUGGCCGAUCGCAACACGGAGGUGGGCUGUGCCGCGGCCACCUACUCGGUGGCUGGCCAGGGAUACAAGGCCUUCCUGCUGGCCUGCAACUACGCGGCCACCAAUGUCCUGGGCAUCAAGAUGUACAGCUCCUGCGCCAAGCCGGCCAGCAAGUGCACCACUGGCACCAAUCCCCAGUACAAGUACCUCUGCAGCUCCAAGGAGGUGUACGACGUCAACAACCUCUCCUACUGAACCAAUGAGAACCAAUAAAUGGAAGCUACAGCUGGGCUAUUUCGAAUUUCAA